AAAGAGAGAGAGAGCGCGUGCGGGCAACAGAGAGAUUGAGAGAGAGAGAGAGAGAGAGAGAGAGCGCGCGCGCGCGAGGACAGAACGGAGCGAACGCGCUUGGGGGGCUGGCAGCCGGGGGUCUUGAAUCAGCAGAACGCGGCUGUCUUGAGGGCCAACGCUGCCUUCGCACUACUGCGCUCCUCCUUCCUCCUCUUCCUCCAUCAGAUCUCUCAGCGCGCAGACAACAAGGAGAGACACGCGCGUUGCCAACGAUGGGGAAAAAGAACAAGAAAGGCUGCGACCUGAAGGGCUUCCUGAAGAAGAACUGGCUGCUCAUCACCACGGUGGUCGCCGUGGUCUUGGGCAUCGGCUUGGGCCUCCUCGUCCGCGAAUAUGCCAAGCUCUCCAACCUCGACAAGUUUUACUUCGGCUUCCCUGGCGAAAUCCUCAUGCGAAUGCUGAAGCUGAUCAUCCUGCCCCUCAUCAUAUCCAGCAUCAUAACAGGAGUGGCCGCCUUGGACUCUGAGAUGUCUGGGAAGAUCGGGCUGCGUGCCGUCGUUUAUUAUUUUUCCACCACCAUCAUUGCCGUCAUAUUAGGAAUUGUGCUGGUGAUGACCAUCAAGCCGGGGGUGUCACAGAAGGCCGAUGACAUGGACCGGACCGGCUCGACGCCCGAUGUCAGCACCGUGGAUGCCUUGCUGGACUUGCUCAGAAACAUGUUUCCAGAGAACCUCAUCCAGGCCUGUUUCCAGCAGUACAAGACAAAGCGUGAAGAGUUAAAGCCACCAAGUAAACCGGAGACGAACAGCACCACGUCCAUCAUGCCCACGGUAACCAUGACAACCGCUGUACCCGAGAACGUAACCAAGGAUUACAAAAUCGUUGGCCUCUACUCCGAUGGCAUUAACGUGCUGGGUCUCAUCGUCUUCUGCCUGGUGUUUGGGAUCGUCAUCGGGCAGAUGGGCGAGAAGGGCAGGCUGCUGGUGGAGUUCUUUGAUGCCCUGAACGAUGCCACGAUGAAGAUAGUGCAGAUCAUCAUGUGCUACAUGCCGAUUGGGAUUUUGUUCCUGAUUGCUGCUAAGAUCAUCGAGGUGGAGGACUGGGACAUUUUCCGGAAGCUGGGCCUGUACAUGGUGACCGUGCUGGCAGGGCUUGCAAUCCACGCCAUUUUCUGCCUUCCGCUCAUUUAUUUCAUCGUUGUGAGGAAGAAUCCGUUCACGUUUGCAUUGGGAAUGGCGCAGGCCCUCCUGACGGCACUGAUGAUCUCCUCCAGCUCUGCCACUCUGCCUGUGACGUUCCGCUGUGCCGAAGAGAACAACCGAAUAGACAAGAGGAUCACCCGCUUUGUGCUGCCCGUGGGGGCCACCAUAAACAUGGACGGGACAGCCCUCUACGAGGCCGUGGCUGCCAUCUUCAUCGCCCAGCUGAAUGACUUGUCCCUGGAUGUCGGCCAGAUUGUGACUAUCAGCAUUACGGCGACGGCUGCCAGCAUCGGGGCUGCAGGGGUCCCUCAGGCUGGUCUGGUUACCAUGGUGAUUGUCCUGACCGCCGUCGGCCUCCCAGCGAAGGACGUCACGCUUAUCAUUGCAGUCGACUGGCUCCUGGAUCGUUUCCGGACCAUGAUCAACGUGCUCGGCGACGCCUUUGGAGCGGGCAUCGUCCAGAAACUGUCAAAGAGCGAGCUGGAGAGGAUGGACCUUUCUUCAGAAGUGGACGUCGUCAACCCGUUUGCCUUGGAGACGACCAUCAUGGACGAAGAGGAGCACGAGAAGAAGUCGUAUAUCAACGGGGGCUUCACUGUGGAUAAGAGUGACUCGAUCUCCUACACGCAGACCUCCCAGUUCUAGGGGGCGCCGCCGCUCGUUUGAUUUCCUUUCGUCGAAGGCCAAGGCCUCCGAGCAGACAAUUAGCCUCACGCUGCUCCAUUCUUUUUGUCAUUCCUGGCAAAUCUGUGGGUGAAACUGAAAAAACACAACGCAACAAUCAAGCGAAGCCCAAGUGGCCGAGUGAGUCUCUCCACGCCUCAGAGGCCGUCAGGGUCCACGUGUGCCAAACGGAUGAGGGAUGAGACUUGAACCCACAUCUCGGAAGAAAACAUUUUGCCUGAAACAGUGCAUGGUGUUUAGCAAAAAAAAAUCAAGUAAUUAAGCCAAAAAUGAAAAAAGAGCAUCGGGCCAAAGCGAAGCAGGACUAGCGCCACGGCCAACUGAGUCCUGGACUCGCCCGCCAUCCUUUGUGCCAUCUGCCACCCUCUACCUGUCACUGACACUUUAAAAAAGCUGUGAAGUUUGACACUACUGAGCCGCCUGCUCCCGCUUGGUCCGCCUUCUCCUCUUCACCGUUGACUGUUUUUUGGUCUCUUGUGCCUGCUUUUGUACUUUUGGUGCCAAAUCAGAUGCCAGUCUCACUUGAUGUGCCAUCACUCCAAGGCCUCACGUUCAAAUCCCAUGCUUUCUUCUCAUCUUCUGCGCUAAACAGUGCCAGCUAGUGAAGCUCUGUUUGUCUGAGACGUCCAUGCCAGCGCUGCCCCUGCAUGCCCUGGCCACCAAUUUAGUGCCCAUCUCUCUGUUAGUUUUCAAACCUGCACUGUCUUGUCCAAGGUUGUUCAAAGCAGGACCCAGACACAGCUGGGGUGCCAAUCCAAUGCUGGGCACAUUCACUUAUGCCAGACCAGUUAGUCUUUUAGGAACAAACACACUCGCAUGGCGAGAACAUGCCAACGUCUUUGAACUGGCCCACUCCGGUGGGCAUCUACUGUGGCCCAACAGCUGCCAGGAGGGUCAUUGGCUUGCCAGCAGUGCCCCCAGGAGCAUGUCACUUUGUUGUGGGCCUUUGUCAGCCGCUCUCGGCUCCCCUUGUUGCUGUGCCAGUCGUACACUCGUCCAUACAGCUUUUCUUCGUAGUCUUUACUGUAAGCGGGUGUAGCCCUCACACGGGCACCAGUUAGCCUCCCACUGUGCCCUGUUAUGUUCUGCCAGCUCAGGAAGCUCGCACUGAGGCUUUGCCCGCAGGACGCCACCGCCGUUCUGCCUCUCCACAGUCAGCCUUACCCCGACUUCUACAAGCAGGCCCUUGGCCCGCACAGCUUCGCGUUUCUACCUUUUACAUUAAAAAUUCAGACGUUUGUCUCCGUUUCCCGUUUCGUUCACACCACCCAUGAAAAGACUCUAGUCGCGCUCUGAUUGGCUCGUGCUUAUUAGGCGGGCCUUCCCUGAUUAUUAUGAUGUCGCAUUCCCUGAGCUACUGAAGAGUUGCUUCCCGUGGCGCUUGUUGGGCUGCUUGUCAGCGUUUGGCACAGUUGGAAUUCUUCACUAAAGGCAGAUAAUCCGCCAAUCGCUACAGUUUAGCGGUAAAUCUCGCGGUUGGCGACGUUACCAUCCCUCGAAGGGUCGCUGGUUUUAGGUAUCGCUGGGCCUUCACUGUGUGAUUUUUCAAACUCACGGUCAGGUGCCUACUCCCAGUGCACGGCAGCGUCACCAGUCGUAUGCGAGGCCCGCGAUGGGCACGUCCCAAUACACACGUGCAGUGCACACUCGCUGCUGGGCCCACCCAAUCAGCUUCAGGACAUUUGAUGGCCACGUCAGAAGUUCUGCUCUCGAGGCCGCUCACGGUACGCAGAGCCGACUCAAACUUCUGAUGGGACAAAAAUUCUUCUGAUUGUACGACGGGCCAAUCGUUACUGUUUGCCACCCAAGAAUCCUGCCACUCUUGUCCCAUGACAAGCUGCCCAUCUGCCCUGGAGAUGCCCCUGUGAUCCUCUCGGCUUCCCACUUUGUUGAAUUUCUCGGUGGUGGUUUGAAGGAAUCAAAGCUGAUUUGCUGCCUGCUUGUAUGCUUGAAGCGGGUAUCGCCUCGCUCCAAGCACCACUUCUGGUUGCCGUACUUCUGUUCAGUGGCGUGCAGGAUGAAUGUUCUCACUGGGAAGCUCACAUUUCCCACAUCCACACUUCCCAGCAUUAAAGUGCCAUUACUGAAGUUGGGCAGAGGUCGCUGACGGCUGCCACGCUCUUCUUCUGCCGAGGACAUGUGACAAUCUGUCCGUCUGUCAGUGUUAUCAUUUGUGGGGCACCGUCUGUUGGAAUGUGCUUUAUAAGGCAUGUAGUAAUAAACUGCAUUGCAUUUUCAUUCCAACAGAUGGUGCACUGCUGUAAGGAAUCUGAAGGCAAACCAAGCAGCAGACAAACGGACACCAUGACUUAAUAAAGGAAAUUUUAAAUUGAAAAACAAAACUUAAAGGAACUGGAAGGCAUAGUUGAGGGGGUGGCAAUGCCAUUUGAACCCGUUAAACAUUCUGCUGAUCUGUCCUCAUUAAAGCAGCGAAACGAGAUCAGAAAUAAAUCCUGAAAAUAAAAACAAAUUCCAACAGCAACUAUAAAGAACACAUGCUGCCCUCCUAGGACCCGAGUUUGAGACCCCCGUGGACAGACCUCUGUGUCACAGUCGGUGGAUUCCAGCAGGAUUAGCACUUCAUCAAUCAGCCAAUCGUCUUCCUCAGUUUAAAAUUUCCUUCAUGAGAUUAUUGUGUCAGUUGGAAUGAAGCCUGCAAUGCAUUUUAUUCACACACAUGACAGACGCCUUGGCCUGGCCGUCACGUCACAGGAAUGGCACACGUCCUUUAGAUGACACUUACCAGAUUUCUUAUGCGCACUGAGGCUGCGUUUGAUAAGAGCAGCGCUAGAAUUCCGCUUCUUUUUAUUAAAAUGUUGUGCUUUCGUGUAAAGUGAUCAAUGAAAAAAAACGUUUGGCUUUACAUGAUGGGCGACUAGAAGACCCGACCAGCCGUGCCGUCAGCAGUGCGUGACCUGGCUGUCGAAACGCGACGACUGUGCCACACUGAGCUGAGGAGCCGGGAGGCCAGGGUGCCAUCUGUCUUGUAGUCUAACAUCCUCCAGGUGACGAGGCCGUUAAUCGGUGACAUGCCCUCUGACCUGAAGUCAUGCAGUGUGGACUUUUGGGAGCACAUGGCUUAAAAGCCACACCCCCAUGAAAAUAAUCAGAAAGCCCCGCCCACUAAAACAAUCAAGAGCCACACCCCGUGAAGUAAUCAGCUGCUACACCCACUAAAUAAUUGCAAAGCCACACCCCAUGAACAACAGUCACAAGCCACACCCUUUUCUCGAUUGGUAAGCCACACCCACUUUCUUCCCAUAACUUUGCUGGGUGGUCUCCUGACUCCAUAUUUAAAAUGGUGCCCCAAAACCACACUGAACUACGGUAACAGUGCCAAGGGGAGCCCCUAACGCCGCUUCUGGAGGUUCAGCUCCCUUUAGUCUUCCUCAGGACUUCCCAACACAAACACUCCGUCACACAAAAGGGGCUUCACCUGCCGCACCCAAAUUCAGCCCUGCAUGCCAAAAGCACCACAGCGUCACUUACAGAGGACAAAACAGAUGUCCUGGUGGUCAAACGGGCAGGCCGUGUCCUCCAGUGCUGUUGAAGUGCCAGCCUGCCCUGCCAUGCCAAUGCUGAUGAGCGCACUUUUCUUUUCUCUCCUGCUACGUCCUUUCUGUAUUUUUAAAGUCGAUCGAGCAAACCAAUGAAUUGUCUUCAUAAUUAAAGAUUUCUGUGACACUCA